ACGAGUUGGUGAAUUACACAUUUGGUGUUAUCUUAAGUGUUUUACAUCUAAUAAGCUGAAUGGUACGAAGUUUAUCUGUGACAUUUGCCUUGGUGUUACGUUGUUAAUAAUCGAUACGCUUAUAACGUUAAGUACAUUGCCAGAAUGCCUCUGUCCACCCAGUCUCAGGCGGAUGAUGAACAGUACGUUUUAGUGGCCAGUCUCGACAAUGCUCGCAAUCUCUCCAACAUACUGAAAGCUAUCACGUUCAAAGACCACGCCAUCUUCAGCGCCACACCCAACGGCCUGAAGGUGACAGUGGAGGAGUCCAAAUGUCUACAGGCCAACGCCUUCAUCCAGGCUGAGAUCUUUCAAGAGUACACAAUUCAGGAAGAUCUGGUGGGUUUUCAGGUCAAUCUUACUGUUCUGUUGGACUGCCUCAAUAUCUUUGGAGGAAGCACAGUUCCAGGAGUAUCAACAGCUCUGCGGAUGUGUUACAAGGGGUACGGUUACCCUCUCACUUUGUUUCUGGAGGAGGGUGGUGUUGUGACUGUUUGCAAGAUCAACACACAAGAACCAGAAGAACCAAUUGACUUUGAGUUCUGCAGCACCAAUGUCACAAACAAGGUGAUUCUGCAGUCAGAGAGUCUAAAAGAAGCCUUCUCUGAACUGGAUAUGACCAGUGAGGUUCUACAGAUUACCAUGUCUCCUAACCAGCCAUACUUUAGGUUGUCAACAUUUGGAAACUCUGGAAAUGCUCAUUAUGAUUAUCCCAAAGACUCGGAUAUGAUGGAGCUCUUCAAAUGUAACACUACACAAACCAACAGGUACAAGAUGUCCCUGCUAAAGCCGUCAACCAAAGCCCUGGCUCUAUCCUGUAAGGUUUCUGUGAGGACCGAUAGUAGAGGCAUCCUCUCUUUGCAGUACAUGGUCAGGAAUGACGACGGACAGAUCUGCUUUGUGGAAUAUUACUGUUGUCCUGACCAGGAAGGGGAGGAGGAGUAACAGCGGCCCAGCAUCUGAAACCCUUUUGUAAAAGCACUUUACUUUCCCAUUGUUUGCUGCUAGGGAGAUUUGUUUGUGUGGUUUAGUUUGUGUCCAAGUGGUUUAAAUAACUAUACCCGAGACGUGUGUACAUACAGUGAUGAUCUUGUGGCAGAAACCAGUCAAAUGAAUGGAUACAUUUUUUUUACAUGUGUUAAGUCUACUGUUGUCUAAUUUCCUUCUGACUGUUUUAAUAACCACUUAGCCACUGAACUGUCCAUACUUAUUCACACUUUUCAGUAAAAGUAGAAAGACUCAUGA